UCGCAUCUCCUCUCACAACCAUCCACCACGUCGCAAUGUCCAACAACAACCAAGGUCCACUUGAGCCGUCGCGCGUGGCGCCAGACGUCCACCCGGCCAAUGACGGCAUCAUCGAGGAUGCCCAGCAGGGCGACACGUUCCCCGGUGGCGGCAGCGCCGUGACUGAGCAGGCGGGCAAGGUGCCGUUCAAGGACCAGGUCAAGGGCUUCGCCAAGGUGUUUGCCGGCGAGACGUUCAACAACCCCGCCGAGGUCGAGUACGGCAAGCAGCGGCUCGAGGGCAAGGAGCCCGACGCACGCCUCCUCGACUCGGAGUACGCCGACGAGUUCAAGCAGAAGGUCGAGAAGGAGAAGGCCGGCGAGCCCAAGGUGCCGUUCACGCAGCAGGUCAAGGGCUGGGCCAACAUCAUCGCCGGCGAGGUCGAGCACAACCCCGCAAAGGUGCAGUACGGCGAGGCCAAGCUCGAGGCCAAGCAGCCCGAGGUGGGCGUUCUGAAUGCGCGUGCCGAGGCCGCGCGCGAGGCCGAGGCCCGCGGCGAGAAGCCCAACGUCGGGUUCGUCGAGGAGGCAAAGGGCUACGCUAAGAAGAUUGCCGGCGAGACGUUUGACGACGACGCCGAGGUCGCUUAUGGCGAGGCCAAGAUCCGCGGCGAGGCGUAGAGCAGAGUCCCUGGAUAGACGAAGAGAGAGAGCGGGAGAAAGUCAUGUAUGCCUGGCU